UAACUUUGAAAUCCUCAGCAACAGAGAGCAACGCUGGUUCUAAGUCUGCAGCCACCAACAUCUCCCAGACUGCAGGGUCAGCAGUGGGUGCUGCUGCUGUAGGUGUUAAUGCAGGUGUUGCUGGUGACAAAAAGCCGAAGCCCGAAGCCCCAGGAACCUGAGAGGCGUGAGAUCCAGGGUUUACCAGAUGACCAUCUUGUGAAACGGCAGGAGAAUAUCAAGAUGCCUGUGCAGAGGCACACAGACACUGAACCAUUACAGACAGCGUUUGGUUUUGCGAAAGGCUUCCUCAAUCAACCAGGUGCAUCAAGUGAAAGCAAUAGUCAGGCUGCAAGUUCAAGCAAAAGUACUGCCACAACAACCUCAGGUCAAGGUCAAACACCUACAACACAAAGUCAAGCAUCGGGGGCGACACAGAAUUCUUCUGCAGGUCAAGGUCAAAGUUCAAGCCAAGGUCAGAGUAGUGCAGGUCAAGGUCAGCAAGCAGGCUCAGCUCCAACGUCUGGAGCACAACCAGGUAAAGGUACAACAUCUGGAGCACAAGCAGGUAGAGGUACAACGUCUGGAGCACAACCUGGUGGAGGUACAACAUCUGGUGCACAACCUGGUAGAGGUACAACGUCAGGUGCACAACCUGGUAGAGGUACAACAUCUGGAGCACAACCUGGUAGAGGUACAACAUCAGGUGCACAACCUGGUAGAGGUACAACAUCUGGAGCACGACCUGGUAGAAGUACAACAUCUGAAACACAAUACCAGUUUCAGUUUCGCAGUGAUCCAAACUCAAUCCAUGUAGAACUCAAUCCUGAUGGCUCCAUGUCCGGGAACUUCAACCCGCUGACUCUGCCUCCUGGGGUUCAGUUUGGGCAGAACAACGUGAUGGUACUGAACUAUGAUGACGACGAUAAUUUGAUUAGUGGUAGCGGCAGCAGCAGCAGCAGCAUGGGUGGUGCUGGGGGUACCCGCAAGACGUCCGCUGAUUCCAGGUCGAAGUUCAAGAAAAUGUCAAAGAAACACAGAACUGUUGUAAACAGAGGGGAAGAGAUAGAUUUUAACCAUGUUGACCUGGUAGCCGGUGACAUUGGCCCAAAGUGGAUGGAUUUGGCUGUAGAAGUCAAAAUGAAUGAUGAACAACUUCGAGAUUUAAAACUGGAAUACAAUAUGAACAGUGCGAAAGACGACUAUGAAUACUGUAUGCGAGUCAUCAACGAUUUGCUGCAAAGAAAUCCUCGGUUUAGUUUGAGAGAUUUGACUUUGUCACUGAAGGAAAUAGGCUGUCAGAAAACUGCUAUCAAGUUGAUAGAAUUUAUUCCUUAAUGAUAUGAGGAUUUUUGUCAAGAUUGUAAAAUAUUAAUGAAAAGGAGCUGAAAUAUAUUGAUGUGAUUUGAAAUUAGCUUAUAAGAUGGACAAUGAGCAAGAAUACUGUAUUUGUAUCAUCGAAGAGAUUUGAUUUUGUCACUGAAGGGAACAGAUUGUCAGGAUACUGCUAUCAAGUUGAUUGAAUUUGUUUUUGGAGAAUAUGAGGUAUUUUGUCAAAGGUUGUCAAACACUUAUUGAUGUGACAAAAACUGUAUAUUUACUCUUUUGUAAUGAUUAUGUUAUGUCCAUUUAAAUCUACCUACAGGAAUUUAAUUUAAGUGUUUGAGAAUUUUCUAAAAAUCAAUAUUUAAUUAAAAUAUAUCUGCUUGAGAGAAAAAAGUGUGAAGACCAACAGACUAAUUUAUAUAAAAUAUUAGUUAUUUAACCUUUUCUUUCUGGAUGGAAGACACAAAGCUGUCAUUUUUAGAUAUUGCAAAUAAGCACAAAUUGUUGUUGUCUGUCUGUUCAGUAUGUUUGUUCAUGCUUGUUAAGUUUGCUGAACAUGAUCAUGAAUAGUGUGUUUUGUGUAAGGUAUGAUCAUUAAUACCUUGAGAUUGAGUUUUCACAGAAGAAUGUAUUCCUAACUGUUACGUAUCUAGUUCAGAUUUCAUUAUUCCUUUGUCUUCAUGUGUGUGUCUUUAACACAUUCUUAUUACUACAAGUUAUAUUACUCUCAUCUCCUCCAUUUCACUGUUGGUUUGUUGGGUUUAGAGUUUUAGGGCCACGUGUCCAUUUCACUGUCAGCUGAGUAGGAGUUAUCUGCUCAUAGCAAUAUCAAGUUUUAUUACAGAUGGACAUGAAGGAUUUACACAUGUAGUGAUGGUGUUGGAAACUAAUGAUUGUUGUCUGGAUGUACAAUGCAUGAAGCCCAUUUCUGGUGUCCCCUGCUGUGAUAUUUCUGAAAUGUUGGUAAAAGCCGCGUAAACUAAUCUCACUCACUCACUUUCUUGAUGUAUGUCGCCCAUGUCAAUCUCCCAACGGACGCCAGCUUUCUUUGUCGUCUAUAUGUAUCUGUAAAUUCCCUUACAUGAUUAUUGAUGACGUGAUGUUCUGUACUAGCUUUCAGGACAGAGUUGAAUAAUGAGAAACAGAAUGAUUGUCAAACAAAUAGCAAGACUGGUUGUCAUGAAAAGUUGAUUCUGUUUGCAUUUUGUUCUGAGUGAUUGAUAAGCUGACAGAAGGAAAGCCAGAAAAUGAAAACCUCACGGCUACACACACACCACAUUCGUGCAGUCAUUUUCCGGCUACAAAUUGCUGUAGAUGGAACCUUUCCUGAAACUAGAUAAGAGCCAUUUCUCCAUCUUCCACCAUCAACUGCCAACAGAGAAGCGUAAGAGGCGACUGGCAUGUUCGGGUAGUCAGGCUGGCUGAUUCGGUUGACACAUGUCAUCGUAUCCCAAUUGCGUAGAUCGUUGCUCAUGUUGUUGAUCACUGGAUUGCCUGGUCCAGACUCGAUUAUUUAUAGACCACCGCUGAAAUACUGCGGUGUUACAUAACAACCAACCAAUAAAAGUGUUGUUCUUAUAAUUCUGUACGCCUGACGACUCCUGCGAAUAUUUUAAUAUGUGCAAAGAAAAAUAUGUUCUAUUUUUAGCCAAGGGUCAUGUUAGUUGAUUUGUUUCAUAGUGUAUAUUUAUGAUGAUUUAGACAUGUUUAAAGUCUUCUCAGAUAUCCCAAGCCCCAGAAGGAUGAAUUUUGUGCUGUGUGUGAAUCAUUUUAACAAUAUGUGGCGGCAAAUGGGUUCAAAGAGCUAUGGUUGAGAAUCAACAUGAAAGUUGAAGAUUUACGGGAGUGAUAGAUUGUUUGUCUGAGUCAUCAUCCAUUGGCAUUCAACAGUUGCACCUGUAAACAAUGUUUAAGAGAUCAAACCUUUUUCAGAUUUAUUGUCACAAUACCUAUAAAUAUAUAGAGAAUACUACACGAGGUCUCAUUACAUACGAAUUUUACGAAACGAGUGUCCUUCCUAUGGUAUCUGACCCAGCGAAAGCGAGAAACCAUAGGAAGGUCACUCGUUUCGUAUAAUUCGUAUGUAAUGAGACCUCGUGUGGUAUUUUAUUUGUUACUCACGUGUUACAUGCAUUGAAUUAGGUUGCGGAAGAAUUUUGUUCUAAAGUACACUUUUGCAUGACGUCACACUGUAUUGACGUCACUACGCCAUUCUCGUCUGUCCCCUUGGUAAC